GCGGCGCCCGGCGCUUGUUGGCUGGCUCUGGGCGUGCGCCUGUGAGGCCGGCUGGGCCGGCGGGCGGUUAGCGCUCCGUUCCACGCGGGGAGGGGCGGCACGCCGGGCGCUGCACGGCGUCGGCCGACGCGGGCGGCGGUGGCGGCGGCGGCGGCCGGGCUUUCGGGUUUUCUGUCCCAGGCCGGAGCCAGUCGGUUCCCCGGCGGAGAGACGGGCAGUCGGGCUCCCUGGCCCCGGGCCCCCCCCGGCGGGGGCGGCUGGGGCAAGGGGACGAUGUCUACUCGCGCCGCGGUGCCUGCCGCUCACUCUCGGGAGGAGCCACCCGCGGUGGCUGCUGAGGAGUCGCUGUUGGUAACGGCGAGUCGGCAGGCCGAGCGGCUGUCCCCGCCCGAACGGGAGGGCAAGGAGGCGGCGAGUGAAGAGAGGGCCGCGACAGCCAUCAUCGCGGGUGCGCGAGGAGAGCCGUCGCCAGCGCUGGUGCUAGGGCACAGCGUGCCCCAGGCGGCCGUGCCGGUGAGACCCCUGGCGCUGCACCUGGCGCACAAGGCGCGCGGGCCCGGGGGUCCCUUUGGCGGGGAACCCCCGCCACCCCUGCCGAGGGACCCGCCGGCCGAGGACGCCCUGGUGGAUGAGGCGGCGACUGGCCCCGAGGAAAAGCUGCAGCCGCCGCCGCCUAAGGAGAACCCCUGGACCAAAAAGCCUCUCCAGCACCUGUCCCCUGCUGGGACGGGACUGACACCUUACCCACUGGAAACUCUCGAGGCAGAGCUCAGUUCCCCCAAAAUUAUAAAAGCAGGAAAACUCAAGACAAAGAAAUCCAACAAGGCUAGUGAUUUCAGCGAUAUGGCGAAUUGGCCAACACCAAGUGAAUUAGUGAACACUGGAAAAAACUUUUUGCAGUGCCAGAGUGUCAUCAGCCAAGGAAAUAAGAAGCCACAAAAUAGAAAAGAAAGAGAAGACAAGGUUGAAAAGAGAAUUAGCAGUGAGAGCAAAGAAAGCCGGGAAACAAAAUUAGAUGGUCCUGGUGAAAAUGCCAGUGAGGAUGAGACUCAGUCAAGUAAUCAACGAAAGAGAGCCAAUAAGCACAAGUGGGUACCACUCCACUUAGAUGAUGUAAGACCAGACAGUCAAGAAAGACCAGGAUCCCGGAACAGUUCAAGAUGUCAACCUGAAGCAAAUAAAUCAUCACAUAAUAAUAGGAGAAAUGAGACCCGAAGUUGGAGGCGUGAUAGAGAAAAGAGAGACGAUCAAGAUGAAGUUUCCAGUGUGAGAAGUGAGGGUGGUAAUAUCCGAGGUUCCUUUAGAGGUCGAGGAAGAGGCCGAGGACGGGGAAGAGGACGAGGCAGAGGAAAUCCUCGAUUGAACUUCGAUUAUUCAUAUGGUUAUCGAGAACAUGGUGAAAGGACUGAUCAGCCAUUUCAAACAGAACUUAAUACCAGUAUGAUGUAUUACUAUGAUGAUGGUACAGGUGUACAGGUGUAUCCUGUGGAAGAAGCAUUGCUUAAAGAGUAUAUUAAACGCCAAAUUGAAUAUUACUUCAGUAUAGAAAAUUUAGAACGGGACUUCUUUCUUAGGAGAAAGAUGGACGAACAAGGUUUCUUGCCUAUUUCCCUGAUUGCUGGUUUCCACCGUGUUCAGGCUCUCACUACAAACCUUAAUCUCAUUUUAGAGGCACUGAAAGAUAGCACAGAAGUGGAAAUUGUGGAUGAGAAAAUGAGAAAAAAGAUAGAACCAGAAAAAUGGCCGAUUCCGGGCCCUCCUCCACGAAGUGUGCCACAGACAGACUUCUCUCAACUGAUUGAUUGCCCAGAGUUUGUACCAGGCCAAGCCUUUUGUUCACAUACAGAGUCUGCCCCAAAUUCUCCAAGAAUUGGAAAUCCACUGAACCCAAAGAAAAAUACUGAAACAAGUAAUCUUCAAGCAAUGUCUAGAGGUUUGUCUACCAGUUUGCCUGACUUGGAUUCAGAACCUUGGAUAGAAGUUAAAAAGAGACAUCGUCCAUCUCCAGUGAAAUUGAAGGAAUCAUCAUCUCUACCUGGAGAGGCAUCAAAUCAGCUGUAUCCUUCAGAUGAACAAGAGCAAGAAGAACUUGAUUUUUUAUUUGAUGAAGAGAUAGAACAAAUAGAAGGGCGAAAAAACACAUUUACUGAUUGGUCUGAUAAUGAUUCAGAUUAUGAAAUUGAUGACCAGGAUUUAAACAAGAUUUUGAUUGUAACUCAGACACCUCCUUACAUGAGAAAACAUCCUGGAGGAGAUCGAACUGGCAACCACAUGUCGCGGGCAAAAAUUACAUCUGAACUUGCUAAAGUAAUUAAUGAUGGCUUAUAUUACUAUGAACAGGAUCUAUGGAUGGAGGAAGAUGAAAACAAACACACAGCCAUAAAGCAAGAAGUUGAGAACUUUAAGAAGCUAAAUCUCAUUAGUAAAGAGCAGUUCGAAAACCUAACACCUGAACUUCCUUUUGAGCCAAACCAAGAAGCUCGGGUAGCACCUUCACAGUCCAGGCAAGGUUUAAGUGAUGAAUUAGCCUGGAAGCUAUUUGAUGUUUCAGAAAUAUCUUCAGCAACAAUGGCCCGUUCAUUGCCCACAGCAGUUCCAGAUUCUCCUAGAAUUUAUCCUGGAAGAACACCUAAAACACCUCGAACACCUAGGUUACAAGAUCCAAAUAAAACACCAAGAUUUUAUCCUGUUGUUAAAGAACCAAAAGCUAUUGAUGUAAAGAGUCCAAGAAAGAGAAAAACAAGACAUAGUACAAAUCCCCCUCUAGAGUGUCAUGUUGGUUGGGUAAUGGAUUCCAGAGAUCAUGGGCCAAGAACAUCUUCUGUCAGCAGUUCAAAUGCUUCACCUUCAGAAGGUGCACCACUAGUAGGAAGUUAUGGAUGUACUCCUCAAUCAUUCCCAAAGUUCCAGCACCCUUCUCAUGAACUUUUGAAGGAAAAUGGCUUUACCCAACAAGUGUACCACAAGUAUCGUCGAAGAUGUCUAAGUGAGAGAAAACGCCUGGGAAUUGGCCAGUCCCAAGAAAUGAAUACCCUCUUUCGUUUCUGGUCCUUUUUCCUCAGAGAUCACUUCAAUAAAAAAAUGUAUGAGGAAUUUAGACAACUUGCUUGGGAAGAUGCAAAAGAAAAUUACAGGUAUGGAUUAGAGUGUCUGUUCAGGUUUUAUAGUUAUGGACUGGAAAAAAAAUUCAGACAAGAAAUUUUUAAGGAUUUCCAAGAAGAAACCAAAAAAGACUACGAAUCUGGUCAGCUAUAUGGAUUGGAAAAGUUUUGGGCUUAUCUAAAAUAUUCUCAAUCUAAGACACAGUCUAUUGACCCAAAACUUCAGGAAUACCUCUGUAGCUAUAAGAGGUUAGAAGACUUCCGCAUUGAUCCCCCUAUUAGUGAGGAAUUUGGAAGAAAAAGACAUUCAUCUACUUCUGGUGAGGAGAGUAGUCGUCAUAGACUUCCAUCUAAUUCCUCUACAAAGCCACCAAGUGCUGCUAAGCCUACAUCUGCUAAUCAGCUUCAAGUCCCAAUAAGCUGUCCCAGAAGGAAUACUUCACAGGAGUCCAGUGACAAUUCACACCAGAACAGUGCUGCCUCAGUCUCAACAGAUGGUGAAAUGCCUGAGAAAUAGACUCUUAUGAAAGUUGUUUGCCCUUGAAAUCGACAUUUGCAUCAGCAUUUAUUUGGGAAAAAUCUUCUGAUGUUUAAUUGUGAUAAUCACAAAAAAGAAAAAGGAAGAAAAGUGGUAGCAUUUUUUUUCUAACAAGAUAAAUUCUAAAAACAUUUUCCCUGAUGUCAUGAGCAAGGAUAGUUUUGGUGACCUUUUAUAGAGAUCCUCUAGUAAUGUAUUUUGGUCUCAGUAUUUCUUUUUCAAAGUAAUUGUUUACAAGGACAGCAUUCCUUAAAUAUAUACAAAAACAAUACAAGGAAUGCCUAACGUUUCAGCUCAUACUUCUUAAAGAAGAUACAGUAUGUUGUAUUCAUCUCUUCUAUAGAGCUUUCCUAAAGAAUCCAAUUACCCUGCUAUCAAUUCAUAUUUGAACUUAUCAAAAACAAAGGAAGAUUACGUAUAUAUUUUUUAAAUUCAAAAAAAGAAUAUAAAGUGAUACAUUUGCU